GUAUUAACAGCCUUUGGGUAAAUUCCGGCAUGUUUUGUAACCACUUUCCGUGAGCAUCAGGAAGCGGUUAUAAAACACAUGUACAUUGGUUAUAUAAAAAGGCAAACAAGUUUGAUUUUUCUGAUCACUCCGCGGGAAGAAUCCAUACUAAAAUCAUGGGUAAACUAUCGUCGUUAGCGUUUUUGGCCGUUAUGUGUGUGACCGGCAUUGCCCUAACCCAAGCCGGCGGGUAUAUGAUGGGCGGCAAAAUGAUGCCAAUGGCCUAUGGACAGCAAGGAGGAGGUUAUGGUGGCUAUGGCUUUGGCGGCGGUAGCGGUGGAGGCGGAUUUGGCGGUGGCGGUAUUUUCGGGAUGAUCAUUUUCCUGUUUGUGUUUAUAUUGAUCAUCCAAGUUUUAUUCGGCUCACUCGGUGGCGGCGGUAUCGGAGGAGGUGGUGGCGGUUAUGGCGGUUACAAAGGAGGAAAAGGCGGUGGCGGCGGCGGACACUAUUAGAAUAUUUAAACAUCCAAAAUCUGACAAAUACA